CGAACCAGUGGAAAGUAGCAGCGGGCGGGCUGUGGAUCACCAGCUUCCGGUUCCGUUGAGCUAACUCCUCUCCUAAGCUACGUGUCUCUGCCUUCGCAAACCACCAUCCCGCAAUCAGCCAUGGAUCAGGUAAUGCAGUUUGUUGAGCCAAGUCGGCAGUUUGUGAAGGACUCAAUUCGGCUGGUUAAGAGAUGCACCAAACCCGAUAGAAAAGAAUUCCAGAAGAUUGCCAUGGCCACAGCCAUAGGAUUUGCUAUCAUGGGAUUCAUUGGCUUCUUUGUGAAACUGAUCCACAUCCCUAUUAAUAACAUUAUUGUGGGUGGCUGAGUGCUUUCUCUUCGUGGGAACUAGUGUACAAAUGAGAGUGUGAGCUCAUGAAGUAAAAAGUUGCCUGUAUACUUUGUGUUUUUCUUUCCUCCUCCCCAAGAGGUUUUCUAUUUCUAAAUUAAAAUAAUUGCAAAAUAAACAUUUUUUUCCAUAACAGACAUUGAUUACAUUUCAGUGACAGAUUA